GUCGUGUCUCUCCAGAUGACGGUGUUUGUCGCGGCUCUGCUCUCUGUUUUCACGGCGUCUGUUGUUUGUGUUGCUGAUGGAUUCAAGCCGGUCGACUGUUCUGAUGUCUAUAAAGCAGGACAAAAGCUCAGUGGGAUUUACUCCAUCUAUCCAGCAGGAGACGUUCCUGUCUGGGUUUACUGUCACAUGAUCUCAGAUGGGAAAGAUGAAGACAACGGAGGAUGGACGGUGAUUCAGAGGAGAAUGGAUGGCAGUAUUAAUUUCUACCGGCCGUGGAAAGAGUACAAGAGAGGAUUCGGGGCAACCGAGGGCGAAUACUGGCUGGGGCUGGAGAACAUGUACCAGCUGACACGUAACAGAAAGUACAUGCUGAGAGUGGAUCUGGAGGACUUCACUGGAAGGAAGGGUUUUGCUCUGUACUCAUCCUUCUCUGUGGGUCCAGAAUAUGACGGGUAUAAACUGCAUGUUUCAGGAUUCAAGGAUGGAGGAGCUGGCAACUCUUUGCCCUACCAUAAUAAACAGAAGUUCUCCACCUUUGACAAAGACCAAGACACUCACGAGAAGAACUGUGCCAAACUGUGUCUCGGGGGAUUUUGGUACGCAGCCUGUUACAAUGCAAACCCCAACGGUUUGUAUUUAUGGGGGCAAGUUGCCAAAGAUAACACCGUUGGAAAUUAUUGGUACACUUGGAAGAAUAAUUACCAUGUCGGUAUGAAAUCCAUCAGCAUGAAGAUCAAACGUGUGUCUUAG